GUGGGCGACGAGGGCGUUAGCCCACAACAAAGUGGGCGAGGGGCGACAAAGAUUUGGGACCCAAUUCAUGGCGUUUGUUUACUCGUACCUUCGCCAUCGCUAAGGAGGCGAUCGUCGCGUACCGUGCUGUUGCAGUCCCGGCUCAAGGAGGAGAAGCGCGCUCGUGCCUACCCACGCCACGGAGGGCUUCGCUUCCUCUUGGAUCUUCGCAUCGUCUUCUUCCUCUCUCGUCCUAGUGGGAGCAGCGUCGAGAUCCUCGUUGAUGUUGACACCCUCGUCGCUCACCCCCACUCUACCCUCUGUUAUCGUCGUGACGAGAAAAGGGCGGUGACGUGGAAGGGAGGGAGGAGGAGGGGGCGACAGUGAUGGUAGAGGUGAUGACAGUCAAGCGCGCGGCGGUGGAGGCGACAACGGUUUAAUGUGAAAAAUAACGCAAUCCGGGCGACAAUUGGGCCUAAAUCUUUCUACCCAAAUUAGGCCCAAAACAGGUCUUCACAUAACAACUCGUGAUCCCUCGGUCAAUUACCGAGUCUUCUAUGGCGCUAGCGGUGAGCAUAAGCCGCCCAACACCCCUCCUCUCUGCCUUCCUUCUCCGCCCUCUCCUCUCUACCUUCCUCCUCAAUCCCCGACGUCCUCUCCCUCUUCCCUCUCCUUCUCUUCCGAUCCUAUUUUCUUCUCCCACUAUCUUCUCAAUCUCCACUUAUCCUAUUCUUCACCCACAAAUCUCAUCGCUCUCCUCCCCUUCCGCAGCCACCGACCCUGGCACCAGCGACUUCGACACUGAUUCUGUCGAGCCCUCUGCUCCCUUCGAUGAGUCCGACCUCCAUGGCUUUCUCCAGCUCCUCACCCAGGCCAAAUCCUUGUCCUCAUCUCGUAAAGAGGCCCUGGCCUUCCUGCGGGCCUCCUCGGGUGUCGCGCUCAACCUGGGUUUGGUCUGCAAGGCCCUCUGGGAGCUGAGGGGGGACUGCGAGUUGGCCUUCCUCGCUUUCCGAUGGGCGGAGGAGUGCGUCGCGGAUUGUCGGUGGGCGUGGCAUCUCAUGAUUUGGGCGAUGGGCAAGCAACGGCGAUUUGAUUUGUCCUGGUACCUGGUGCGUAAGAUGUACAAGACGUCGGUUCUCACGCAGCGGGCGAUGGUGAUCAUGAUGGAAAGGUAUGUAGCUGCAGAUGAAGCUAGGAAAGCAAUGAAAACUUUUCAGGUCAUGGAAAGGUUCAAAGUAAAUGCAGAUUUAACAGCAUUUUAUGCCCUUCUUUGUGCGCUUUGCAAGAACAAGUAUGUUGAAGAGGCUGAGGAGUUCCUCCUUCUAAAUCGGAAGUUUUUCCCCCUUACAGCUGAAAGCUUCAACAUAGUGCUAGAUGGAUGGUGUAAUGUCAUCUGUGAUGUGGUUGAAGCAAAGAGACUGUGGAGAGAAAUGUCAAAUUUCUGCAUCACCCCAGAUGGCAUUUCUUAUUCUCAUAUGAUCUGUUGUUUCUCAAAAGCUGGCAACCUAUUUGAUUCUCUAAGACUUUAUGAUGAAAUGAAGAAGAGGGGUUGGAUUCCUAACCUUGUGGUCUACAAUUCUCUUAUUUAUGUACUAACCAGAGAAAGUUGCUUGAGGGAUGCAAACAAUAUUUUUGAUAAAAUAAUAGAAGCAGGCUUGCAACCAAAUGUACAAACAUACAAUUCUAUGAUAUACCCAUUAUGCGAAGCACAGAAGCUGGAGGAAGCACGAAUGGCAAUGGAUGACAUGAUGGUGAAGGGAAUUCAUCCAACUAUUGAGACAUACCAUGCUUUUGUUAAGGUGGAAGACAUUGAAGGAACCGUGAAGCUUCUUAAAAGAAUGAAGGAUGCUAGUUGUGGUCCUAACAGCUACACUUUUUUCCUGAUAAUAAAUAAGUUCUUCAGAUUUGGUGAUUCUGAAAGCUCACUAAAAAUGUGGAGUGAGAUGAAGAGGUAUGAUGUCAUUCCUGAUGCUUCACAUUAUAUGGCUGUUGUAGAAGGUUUGGUAAAGCAUGGAUGGAUCCCAAAAGCUCUGGAAUUCUAUAAAGAAAUGAAAUCCAAGGGAUUUUCUGCUGAUCCUAAGCUCGAGAAGUUUUUCAUGUCCUUCAUAUCAAACAGCAAAAACCACUGGGGAACGAGUGGCAAGGAAUUCAUCUUUCCACAAAAUGGCAGACAUGGCACUUGCAUAAGAAUGAAAUUUGGAUAACCAAGAUCAGUUCCUCCAAACCUUAUUGUUGCAGUGAUCGAAUUCGGUACAGUAUUGUCAAAUGUCUUAGAGAAAAGUGUUUGAUCUAUCAGCUCAUAAUGGCACCAGGAAUGUCUUCUGGCUUAGAUAUAGUGUACUCUAGCAGACGUGUCUAGCAUGGACACCUAUGAUUGGAAUUCUUUGUUGAUUUAUUACUUACAGAUCUAAUAAUCUUCAGCAUCAACCAUGCAAUGUACUCCAAUACCCAACCCAGAUGUCCUGAGAUAGCCCUGAGGCAUUGGUGUCCAAGAAAACUAUGCAAAGAUUCUACUGGCAAUCAGAUGAAGAUGUUACAAAUCUCCAUAUUCCCGUGCCAUGAAUGCAGUAAAGCUGGGCUAAAUUGCGUGUCAUUGUUUCAUUAGUUAAUACAUGAUCCACACACUUGUUGAUGCUUACUUUUCAAUCUUCUACUUUGCUACGAGAUGAAUCUAUGCAUGGCCAAACUAAAAAUGAAGAAGAUAGAAGCUAUUGAUCUGCCGUUUGAGGAACAGAGAAUUGUUGGGGUUGGAAACAAUUAAUUGUUUCUAAGAUCUCUCUGAUCUUUGGCAUGGAGAGAUGUUCCAUCCAUCUUUUAUUAUAUUUUGUUAGGAAUAACUUUGGAAAAUGCACUGGGGAGAAUUCAGAUGGAUGAAGCAAGUUGACACCACUUCCAAUGUUGGCUCUUGCACAUAUAGCUUCUUUUCUGAUAAUGAAGAAUUCAUUCUGGUUAA